AUGCGCGAGGCAUCAACUUGGAUUCUCCCCAUCUGCCGCCAUUCCGGAAAUCGACAAACUUCUGAAAGGCCUGAAGUGGAAUGUAUUUGGAUUUUUGGCCCGGUGGCCCGGUCUUGCUUUGUGAUUGCCGGCUGGUCUAGGUUGCUAGUUGAAGCGAGUGUAAACCUCUUUCGCACAGCAUCCGCGUCACAUACCUUCGCAACAGAGAAGGUCAACUACUGGGCUAGUCUAUGCAGCGUCCUCAAACCCACUCAUCAGCUGAUGACCGCACCAGAACACCACGUCGAAGCAGCACAUGACCCAAACCAAGCGCUUGCACUCCAUAUCGACAAUGAAAGGCAUUUUGCAUUUCCCCGUCAGGCUUUUUGCUGGAACCCACACCGAGCGCUGAAAGCGUGCGGCGUAAGAAUGGCGGGAUGGGUUGCCCGUGCCAUCCGAGCAAAGGCUUUGGGGACACCCGCACGUCUUAGAGUUUUCAUCUUUUCGCUUUUUUGCGCUACGAUGUACUUUCUCGCAAUAACAUUCUUUGGACGAUUGGAGACAGUGAGCAAGAAUGUGUUAGAUUCGUCACAAGAUUUGGCAAUACCACCGAUUCAAUAUCAACAUGUGCAGACUAUGCCACUUAGGCGUCCCCCUAAGAUUGACGACCCUUUUCGGAGGGAACGAAUUGGAGGUCAAGAGAGGUUGGUACCUGAUGACAUCGUUCACCCCUUUGUAUUUUCCGCCGUCGGCUUCCUGGCACGCAAAGAAAAGAAUGCGACAUAUCCCGCAGUCCUUCUCUUUCUUUACUCCCAAGGGACGCUGUCUUGGACAGGGCCAGAAAAUGGCUCCUUCAACAUGAACGUCACGUCAUGUUUAGUUGGGAAGGAGCGAUUCCCAAUUAUCUUUAAUGCAAACGGCCUGUACACGUGCUCGGUGCCCAAGCCUCUCUCUCUGGGAGAAAAGCUAUCUUUAGUUGUUCCUCCAACGGUAUGGGAGGUAGAACCGGACAGUGAGAGGAACAAAACAAUUAUGGAGUACAUGUCGUCCAUGCCGAAGCUAGAAGACGGUUCUUUCGUUUUGGAUUCGGACGUAACAUGGGAUGGCAAAUUUGAAUCAAGCAUCGGACCUGAGGAGGCAAGGUAUAAGGUCUGCAUGAUGACUCAAGAAAAAGUCUUUCCGGAAUACAUUCCAGAAUGGAUCGCAUAUCAUCGCCGAAUCGGUGUGGACUACGUUUACAUAUAUGACAACUGCCCUGAUAAGAAGAUAUCGCGUAUGUUUGCAAACGAGCCCGACGUUGAAGUUGUGUACUGGCCUUGGUCCAGGUCCCAGAUACAAGCUCAAAAUCAUUUUCUCUUAGUUGGGAGGCGACGUUGCCAAUGGGCUGUCAUGAUUGACGUUGAUGAGUACGUCAUGAUCAGGCCGUCAGCGCCGGAAAACGGGAGUCGCUUCGGAAGGAACGAAAAGCCAUUGAAGAGAUACUUGCGGAAGCAGAGAGAACCGCACGAUUACUCUCAAAUUCGCCUUAUGUCUGUAGCCCUUGGUUCCUCUGGGCACAUAUACAGACCUCGAGAGCCGAUAGCGGAAGCGUACUGGCAUAUAUCCAAUAUUCAGGACAACUUGACGAAACCAAUUGUAUGGCUAGGACACACAAUGCCUGACAGCCUUGUGCACCAUGUGAGAAUGGCGCCUUCCUACUACUCACAUACGACAAAAUCUAUGCUAGAGCCCUCUAAUCCCGAAGAUAUUGGCCUAUGCCAUAUGAAAUAUCGAUCGUGGGAGGACUACGUGCGCAAAGGUCAAGGCGGAAGAAACUCUUUUCAGGUGCGUGACUGGACUUUUUCGACCUCGUGGUCUAUCCACAGUCCCAGCACGAAUCACAUCAUGAAGCGCAAUGCCGGGACAUUUGUUGAAUUCCGCAACUUGUGGAGACGGGUCAUGACGACUGAGGUGGAGCCCCCAGAGUUGGAAGCAACCAAUACGAUGGAGGACCGUUACAGCCGCAUUGUCCGACCUGGAUUUGCAUGGAAGCGAAGACGAGGCUUGGAUACUUCGACGCUUGUGAAGACAAUUGUAGAAAAGGAAAAGUAUUUCAGAAAGGUGAAAGACUGGGAAAUUGCGAAGCAGGAUCGACUGAAGAAGAUGGGUAUAGAAGUUGAACUGUGAUCUACAAUAUUAAUUAGCUCGCAAUAAGUUCAUACGUAUGAUGCACUUGGCUUCCUGUAGUUAUGCUCCUCAACUGCUUGAUUCGAGGGAUUGGAUGCGUUCGAAAGGCUGGCAGUCUUUGCGUCUGGAUACGCACAGUAAUGGGAUUAGCAAAGGGUGCCUCUGCUUCUUCAGGAUUUUUCGAAACACGUGGUCGCCACCGACCAGGCACUUGUAGAGGCCUUUGUAAGUAUUUGCAUCACGUAAGUCUGACUGAGAGUGAUUAUGAAACUUUGUUGCAAC